AUGAAUAAUGUUUACUCUAUAUACAACUUCAAAUACAACGAUAUAGAGCUAUAUAAGGAGAACAACCCCCCUACUAUUGCUAACAACGACGCUUCUACUACUAUAGUAGUAGCGCCUUUAGCCCCGCUCUACGCGUCCUAUGUACCUCGCGUCUACUACUACUACUACUACUACUACUACUACUACUACUAUCAACGAAGGCGCUAUUACACUAGUAGUAAGAACGCUACUAUACUAGUAGUAAGAACACUACUAAAGCGCCUAGCUAGGUCCUUAGCUAAGAAGAAGAAAGAGAAGUUUAACUAUAGGAUAUAUAGGUCUACUACUUCUAAGAAAUAUUA